UUGUGGAGCUGCUAAAGGAUGUGAAAAGCACAUUGAGCAGGAGUGAGAAUGUGAAACUCCAGGAAGCAGAAGCUGUUUCUACUGACCUGAAGAACGUGUAUAAAAUUUCCCUUGACAUGAGGGAAGCGCUGAAGAGAUUGGGAGUGGACGUGACUCUGGAUCCAGACACGGCUCAUCCCAACCUGGUCCUGUCUGAGGAUCGGAAACGUGUGAGAGACGGAGACAAACGCCAGGAUCUGCCCGACAACCCUGAGAGAUUUGAUUAUUGUUACUGUGUCCUGGGCGCUGAGGGGUUCGCGGGCGGGAGGCAUUACUGGGAGGUGGAGGUGGGAGACAAGACUGACUGGUACCUGGGGGUUUGUAGGGAAUCUGUGAGCAGGAAGGGGAAGGUCACAGCCACACCUGGGAAUGGAUACUGGGUCGUGUGGCUGUGGGAUGGGGGAUACGAGGCUGGCACCUCCUCCCCGACCUCCCUCCUCGUAAGCGCCAGGCCCAGCCGGGUGGGGAUUUUCCUGGACUAUGAGGCGGGCGAGGUCUCGUUUUACAAUGUGACUGACAGGUCCCAUCUCUUCACUUUCACAUAG